AUGCAGCUGCAAGACUUUAUAUCCAGAUUUGAAGACAAAGCUGUCGUGCUGUUCGUUGCCCGUCUGAAUCAUGAUUCUCUCUCUGUUGAAUCACAGAGGAACUGGCCAAAUGAAUCACGGAAAUGUCCGGGCGAAUGUGAAUUAUAUCGGACCGAUGUCCUCAUUUUCAGAUCAAGAGGUUUGAGGUAUUCAAUGCUGCUUGUGAAUUCUUCAAGGAGGGCUUCCAAAACUGUUGAGAAGAGAUAUGGUGCUGAUUCUGGGGCUCUAAAAUCUUGCUUUGAAUCGUUGGGCUAUGAAAGCAUUUAA